GCGCUGCAAGGUCGGCAGAAGGAGCGCGGUGUCGGGGGCGGCGGAGCGUGGACUGAGACCCCCGCACCCGCACCCCGCGGGCCUCGAGCAGCCGGCCAGGUCAUUGGGCGCUGCAGCUGCCAUGCCAUUCCUUAAGAAUCCUUACAAUCUCAAAAUGGCCAGCAGGGAAGAGUGCAGUGCAGGGAUGCUUAUCCUGGACCAAGAAAGCAGGGGCACCAAUCCCUUUGAGGAAGACCUUGACGAGAAUGACCGAGACCCCUUCCUUGGGGACGUGACCCUUGAGAGUGGAGACCCUUCCCCAGAGGGCAGGAGCAACUUUCCCGGGGAUCUGUUCCACAACAGCCCAGAAGGAUGCUACAGGCGUCGGGCGACCCUGGAGAGGCUGGUGGGCUUGUCCCCCUUCCGCCUGGGCAAAGGCAAGAAUAGUGGGGGCAGGGACAAGACCCCCAACAGGGAGAAAGGGCCCGAGCAGAGGUCCCUGCUGGGCCGCAUGAUGCUUCCCUUGCUGGAGGGCAACCCAAACCAAAGAACUCCAGAGAAGAAGAAGAUGCGCCGCAGCUCAGAGGACUUCAGCCUCCUUCAGCGCUUCAAUGGGCGGUGCAAGGAGAGUCUGAGCAGUUUGGACUGUGGCCAGGCCGAGAAGGAGAACGGUGGGGGAGACACCAUCAAGCGCAUGUCCUUCCUCAAGAUCGGGCUGGGGGGGAAGGUGCGCAGGGCUUCACUGGUGGAGAAGCUCAACCAGACCGAGACGCUGGAGGCGGGACCGGUCACCAAAGAAGCAGAGCCAGUGAAGGCCAAGGAGCCGCUCUCAGUCCUGGAGAUCCUGAGCCUCAUCCACCAGAGGGACCUCGUGACUGCUGAUGAACACAUCAUUGAACUGGAAGCCGAGUGUGAGUGGAAUGGCCAGCAGAGCCAGAAGAACAGUGAGAUGCGGAAGGACGGGAGCCGGAAGGCCAAGGACGUGGCUCUCCUCUAUGAAGCCCUGCUGAAGGAGCUCUGGGCAGUCCUGGCAGAGGCACUGACCACCAAGACUCACCACCCAGAGCUGGAGCUCAUGGUACAAGUGAUAGAGCAGGAGGAGGAGACCGACCGCAAGUGGAUGGAGGGGGCUGCGGCAGAGGGAUCCAGGCCCCGGCCCCGAGCCAUGAAGAGCCAGUGGGUGGAAGCAGUGCAGCAGCUAGUCAACCAGAGACUGUGCCAGUGCUCGGAAGGCAGGGCCGGUUCUGUUGCCACACUGAUGGACAGGCUGGCCAAGCGUGCCCAGGAGGACUUAUGCACGGUAAAAUGUCACUUGCUGCAUGCUUAUCCAAAGGAAUAUGAGGCCUUCAACAUCUAUCUAUGCAGCUACCACCAGGGACUGGCCCAGCGUUUGGCUGAGGUGGUCCAGAAGAGCAUGACCGUCUCUGAGCUGUACUUUGUCUUGGACUGGAACUGCAACAUCUACCAAAGAGAGGUGCUGGGCAGAGGUGAGAUCGCUCCCCUGGUCAACAAGGCCCUGGAGUUGGGGCCCCUCCUGUCCCCUGAGACUCAGCUGAGCCUGGAAGAGGACCUCAUCUCAGCUGCCAAGGUGAAGAUCAUGGAGAACAUGAGCCAAGAGCUGCAGAAGGAAGAGAAGUGGUCCCACAAGGAGACUGGCGACACCCAGCUCUGCCUGUCCAGCAGAAUCAUCCCCGUGUUAAAAGGUCACACAGACCGAGCCCCCCAGAUCACGGCAGACUUUGGGAGGAGAAUGGCUCAGUGCUGCCUCAGCUGCCUGGUAGAAUUCUUGCAGAGUUUUCAGAGGAAGGUGGAAAAGUUUCACGAGGGGCAAGCAGAGAACAGCUUAAUGGCUGACAGCUACACAAGCCGGACCAUCGCGCUGGUCAACUGCUGCCCACCCUUCCGGCAAUACAUCAGGGACUUGGUGAGGUUUGGUCACCUUGAGAGUAAGAAAGCAGAGGACCAGGCCAAUGCCUCUCUGGACCAGGUGACUCAACUCUGCAACCGCGUACUGGCCAACCAACUCUUUCAAAACCUGAAGCCUUACUUCCACAAACUGAUGAAGAGGAAAUGGCUGAACAGCUCUGAGGCCUUUUCCACCAUCAUGGCUCUUCUCUCGGAGCACACCCAGAAGCUGAGGAAGAUGAAACCGGAGCCAUACGAGAUGCUGGUGAAAGAUGUGCACCACGCGGUCCUCACUGAAUAUGUUCGCCCCUUGAUGCGAGUUCGGAUCAUCUGCACAUCCUCAAAAAUGAGAGUCAAAAUGGCUGGCAAGCUACGCAGUGAGGCCCAACAGCUCCAGGAAUUCUUUGCCCAGCUGAAAUCCACCUCCUCCUGGCUGGAUGCUGCCAUACCACACCUGGCUGAGAUGAUCGAGCUGGAAGAUAUGCCGGCCAUUCAGAUAGAAGUGGGCUUCUUUGCCAAGGACUUUCCUGAUGUGCAGAAGAAGCACAUCUCAGCCAUCCUGGAUGUUCGAGGCUUGCGGAACCAAGUCCAGCGCCAUGACAUUCUGGCUGUGAUGGAUAGCCUGGAGAAGACAGAGGAGGACUCACCCCGCCAGAAUCAGGUCUUCUUCUCCAGGAUCCCCACCAGCGAGGUUUCCUGCAUCCGAGUCAAACUGCAGCACCUUUCACACGUGGGACAUGCCUGCCUCUCCCGGCUGCGCUGGAGGCCCAGGCAACAAUGGCAGCGGCGGCAGCAGCAGCAGCCCAAAGAGCGUGAGGCUGAAUCACAGGUGUAAGAACUGUGGCCUGCCCACCCAAAGCCUUCCAUGUAACCUCUGGGGGGUGGCCGGGCCAGGCCUAGAGCUCCCCUGUUUCUUUCUGCUUCCAAAGAACUCUGUGCUACUCAGAGUGGGGCAUUUGAAUGCUCUUGCCAGGCUGGCCUUGGUUGCUUUCCUGCUGUCCACUCCACAGAGCAUCUUUUUUUGGCCAAGAAUGACCGCAGCAAAAUAUCCAGCCUUGGGAUGGCCGCAGGAAUGUGCUGCAGUCCUUUUGUGGCACUUCGCUGGUGGGGAAGAGGCUUGGGGGGUCCCUCCUUUGGGCAUAACUCUGCAGCUCCAGCCAGGCCUGACCUUGUUAGAGAAGAAAGAGUGGAAUCUCCUAUUUAGUAGCCGAAUGAGAAUGGGACGUAUUUCUGGAACCAAACCCAGGACCACCACUGCCACCCUGCUUCCUAACCCCCCAGCCAUCAAGUUGCCCCAUAUCCAGUUCUACAGACAGCAUGAAAGGGGUGAUUGGGUGGGGUUGUCCAGUCCUAUUGUUUGGGGGACAGAAGGGGACAGAAGGCAGGGUUCAGCUGAAGCCUGGCAGGAAGGGAGGGAGCCAAGAGAAACUAUUUCUGAUGUAUAGAGGACAAAUAAAUGCAUAUUAAUUUA